AUGUAUGAUAAAAGAUAUGAACCACCAUCUACUGACAAGAUUAUGCAAAUUUCUGACUUGGAUGAGAAGUAUAAACAGAUUGAUAUCUAUACUCAAAAUAAGGCCAAGAAGUGGCUUGAGUCAUAUAUUAAGAAGAUAAAUAUGAAAAACGGAAUCGAUUCUAAAAAGAUAUCUAAUCGUGAAUAUGCCUACAAACGUGCUUAUAAGAAAAUGCAAGAUAUAUUAUAUCAGAAAAUAGGUAAUACAUAUGAAAUAUAUCAUGAAGAUUGGUUAAGCUUUGAAGACUUUAAG